AUAGAACUGGGCUGUCUUGGGUGGAAUAUACUUUGAAACUCAGAGACUGCGGUGGUACCGGGCAGUGCAGAAGUCUUGGGGAAUUGUCUGCGGAACAGCGUGAGCAGAAAGCUGUUGUAACCCGAGGCUGGGCACGCUCUUUCCACAUCUCUCUCUCAUCUCCAAACUUUGCACACUCUGAGACUUUUACAGGCAUUGUUUUUUGUGUGCACAGAAUCCACUCUCAGAGACUUUGCAAGCGAGUUUUGUUUUCACGCACACAGCAAGGGGCAAGUUUACACGCUGUUCUCUAGACCGGCUGCAGGAGAACGGAGAGCCUCUAGCAUCGCCGCGGAACUCGGGGAACGAUGUGUGGACACGCCGGGCGGAUCGCUGCCCUUGCCUCGCUGCUUCUGGUGUUUGCACGACUUGAAGACGCAUGUUUCAACAAUUCUUUGGAGGUGGUUUUAGAGAGUCGUACAAUUACAGCAGGACAGCUGAUUUCGAAAGUGGAUUUGGAUGGCUGCCAACAGGGGACAUUGCAGAUCGGUUCCUCUGAUGCACGUUUCGUCAUGAAGUCUGGUGUUUUGUACGCCGUUAGUGGCUUCAAUGCUACCGCUGAUCAAAUUACCUUUGACAUCUACCUCGAAGAUUCUGUGACCCAGGACCCAUCGAAAAUUCACGUUCGCCUACUAUUCGCAGCCAAACUUAAGGAACAAGGUCGGAAGCGAAGAGCUGUUCUACUGCACCGGCAGAAGAGGCGUUGGCAACCUAUGCCUUUCAAACUCACGGAGAACUCCAUUGGUCCUUUCCCCAAGUAUGUUCAAACUAUAAGGUCAGACGAUGAACAGGGUCAUACAAUUUCUUACCAUAUAUCGGGUCAAGGAGUUGAUAAACAUCCAGCCAACUUGUUCUCGGUAGAGAGUGACACUGGGAGAAUCUUUGUGUCGAGGCCUGUGGAUCGAGAGGAAUUUCCGUCGUUUAAACUGUUUGGGAAGGCAAUACGAAAGGGAGGCAUUAUGCAUGAGCGGCUACUCGACCUGACCAUUAAAGUCAUGGACGUUAAUGACAAUGUCCCAAUGUUUACUGAAAAAGAGUUUGUUGUGAACUUUCCCGAGUGUUCAGCAGCCGGUAAGUCCGUGACAACCCUGAUUGCCACCGACAAAGACGAGCCCAACACAAUAAAUACUCUGCUGGUUUAUCGGAUUCUGUCCCAGGAACCAUCUUCCAGGUUUGGUUCAUUCUUCUCCAUUGAUGGAAAGACCGGCGAGAUCAAAACCAACAGUGAUAAACUAAAUCGAGAGGAACAAAACACAUACACCCUCGAGGUAGAAGUUCAAGAUUUGGAUGGGAAAUCGUAUGGAUUAUCCUCUAGAGGGAAGGUGGUCAUCCACCUCACCGAUAUGAAUGAUCACCCACCAACAUUCAAAGAAUCCAGAUACACCAUUGACGUGAAGGAGACUGAGAGCAACAUCAUGGUCCUCCGGAUGCCUGUAGAAGACAAAGAUAUAGCUGGCACCAAUGCAAGCAGAGCGGUGUUCAAAAUCGUCAAGGGCAAUGAGAAUGGCAACUUCAACGUGUCUACCGAUCCCAAAACUAACGAAGGUCUCUUGUACGUUGUCAAGCCGCUGGAUGCCGAGACUACCCGCUUGCUGCAGUUGGACGUUGCGGUGGAGAACGAGGCGCCCCUGAUCGGGAAAGCCUCUCAGCAGCAGGUGGCCAAAGUCACGGUCAACGUGCUGGAUGUGGAUGAAGGGCCGGAGUUUGUUCCCUCCGUCAAACACCUGUGGACGGAGGAGAACGUUGCUCUGCGCACCACCCUGGGCUCGUUCACGGCCAGAGACCCAGAGACGCAGAGCAGCGAUAACAUCAGGUAUCGCAAGUUAACUGACCCUGCGGACUGGGUGUCCAUUGAUCCCAACACGGGGCAGAUCCAAACGGCUGCCAUACUCGACAGGGAGUCCAUGUAUGUGAAACACAACAAGUACAAUGUUACAGUCCUGGCCAUGGAAGACAAAGACCAUUCGAGAUCGUGCACUGGGACGGUGGUGAUAAACCUGCACGACGUCAACGAUAACAGCCCGGUGAUUUCCAAUACAAACCUGUACAUUUGUGAGAAUGGAGACCAUCACUUUGUCAAUAUCUCAGCCGAGGAUCUCGACGCGUCGCCCAAUGCUGCUCCCUUCACCUUCCUCUUACCAAACGACCCCCUCGAGAUUAAAAAGAAGUGGGAGAUAUUCGACAAUGCGGGGUCCUAUGCGUUCAUGAAACCAAAGGGAAGUCUUAUCCCUGGGCACUAUAAGGUUCCCAUCAUCAUCCAGGACCAGCAACACCACGAGACCAAAGAUACUCUGAAGAUUGUCAUUUGCGAGUGUCCUAACAAGUUGAACUGUGCCGGUAGACUCGCUUCUAAAAAGGCCGUCCUGGGUGGACUGGGCAUUCUCGUUAUGUUCCUGGCUGCUUUGUGUCUGCUUUGUUUGCUCCUGGCUGCAUUUGCCUUGUAUUGUGGUGGAGAUCGUAAGAUAAAGGCUCCCUUGGGUUCCCAAGGCCAAUAUCAUCAGACUCUUAUUGUGUCCAAUGAAGAGGGUGGUGGACAGCAAGAUAUGAACCUCUCGUCAUUGGAUGUCCCCGUGAAUCAUGGUGAAAACAUGAGACAAAUGCAUGGCACGUUGGGCAUGGGUACUGGGAGUGGAGUCAAACAAACAUUCAGCAGCUUCAGAGGUGCUGGGACCGAGGUGGACAUGGGUCAACAGAUGGUGGACGGGUCCAGUGGCGCUUUUUAUGAUCAGAAUGGUACAUUGAUAGUGGAUCGCACCCUCUAUGUUGAUGGUGGGACCAUCGUGGACGACGACUACACAAUGGGACGUCGGAAGAGUCAUGGCCUGAUGGAGCUCCUUCGCUCGCAAGUUGACCGGGUUUACGAGGAUGAACAGGAUGAUCAAGAGAUGCCGUUUGAAUACGUGCAUGGGUACCCACAUGAUGGGGAGAAUUCGGUCCAAGGGUCUGUUGGUUAUGACAGUGAUAUGAUGGACCCCAGCCGAGUGGACUAUAUGAACGGAGUGGGAACCAAGUUCGGUACAUUGACCAACAUCUCACUGAAGAAAUAGUGGACACGUGAUCCUCGACUGCGUUACAUUGUAAAAAAAUCUUUGGAGCGUUACUUGGGAAGUUUGGUGCAAGUGGAUAGAACAUAGAACAGUACAGCACAGGAGCAGGCCCCUUCGCACCACAGUGUCAUACUGAACAUGAUGCCAAGACCAGCCUGUACCCAAUCCACACCCCUCCAUUCCCUGCAUUUCCAUGUGCCUAACCAAGAGUCUCUUAAAUGCCACUAACGUAUCUGCCACCACCCCUGGCAGCGUGUUCCAGUCACCCGUCACCCCCUGUUUUUAAAACAAAUGUAUAUACUUACCCUGCACAUCUGCUCUAAACUUUUCCCCUCUCACCUUAAAGCUAUGCCCUCUGGUCAAUUAUAUUUCUAUCCUGGGAAAAGGGCUUUGACUCUCUACCAUAUCGAUGAGUCUGAUCAUUUAUGCUUCUCUAUGGUCUCCCACAUUCGCCAGCAUUGCAGCAAGGCUCAGUUUAAGGUGAUGGGCACAAAGUCUGACAUCAUGAAUUUUUUUUUGUCACCCAGAGAGUGGUUAGAAUCUUCAUCCAGAUGGUUUGCAAGCCUAGGUGUUGUCAGGAUUCCUUCCACUCCUUCACUGUAGUCAACUAGAAUUAUUCAAUCACUGGUAGUGUGCUUUAUAUA